AUGAAUAAACGAAUUGAAGCUAACACCCCUGUUCAAUGCGGUAUGAUCGACAUUUUUUCAAUAUGCGGGUUCUAGCGACGAAGCGUAAAUGAAAAGGCGUAAAAAGCAAGUGUAAAUUAGUCAUUGGCACGCUAUUGCAAUGCACAAACAUCAAUGAUUUUCACGACUUUGCGUGCAUAAAUUAGUUAAACGUCGUACCAAUUGCAACUGUUGGAAUAUUCAAACGUUGAAAAAUGCAUUACAACGUGCUGUACUCCACUCUAAAUUUUUAACCCGCAGAGUUGCAACAGUUGCCAGCUGCUCUCUACUCGUAAACACGCUGCACAUGCUAAGUGCUAAUGGAUUCGCGAGCCUAAAAACGUCAUAUACUCUGUUAUGACUUUUACAAGUGCAUAUAACAUAAGCGAAGAGAGGUUAGAAAGUAUUUACGACGAUUGAUAUGCGUUGACUAUGCAAGAGCCACCUCAUAGCCCCUAUAGAAUGUCGCUUUGCCAUUGUGCAGGCGGGAAAUUCUGCACUGACUCACGACAACGGUAUAUAGAAGUCGCGCAUUAUAGGCAGCAGUCUAUAUGUUGAGAGCGUCUGUUUCUCUUUGCCUCCCACUCCGCGGACAGCAGCUGCCAGUUUUGUACUAUCGAGUCGCGAUUGCUUACUGCUCGCAGGCUGGCGUGUCUGUCAUGUGGAGACGUGUCCCAAAAUCGCCAAAGAAUUUCGAGUGUCACCACCUGCGACAUCAACAAUCACGACUCGGACUGAGACAGGCAGACCAGCUGGAACGAGGAUGUUGCCGAGCCAACAGCAAUGUCAGCAAGACGUCGCCGCAUAGGCAGUCACGAAUACUCCAACAGCAGCUCCAACCAACAAUUCAAUAACAGCAACAGCAGCAACAAUCUGCAACAGACUGGAUACUUCCUCGGUGCCCACGACAAUGCCCCAGUCCCACUGACAGCCAGCCGCUCGAAUCCUGGACUAGCGAACGGCGCCGGUGCCCAGGACGAAGCUCUCCAGCCCACGAGGAUGACGUCGCGCGAUCGCACCCACGAGUUCGGCCAUGCGGUGCGCAGCCUGCAGAGCAGCACGGCCCAGGCCGUGGCUGCCUCCAUCAGGCAGUCCAGCGCGGUGCCCAGGCAGGCCAAGUAUCUGCAGGAUUACAAUAAUUUUAUGCAGUUCGCCAAGGGCAUUGGCAAAAAUGUCGUCAGUACUUGUGCCAAACUUGAAAAACUCACGCUUUUGGCCAAGAAGAAAUCAAUUUUUGAUGAUAGACAAAUGGAGAUAGAGGAAUUGACUACAAUCAUCAAGACAGAUCUUAGUAGUUUGAAUCAACAAAUUGCUAAAUUGCAGGACUUCAAUAGGAAGCAAAGAGAAAACUUUGAAUCUGCAAAAGGUCAUCAUAUAGCAUCACAUUCUUCAUCAGUGGUUGUGGUUUUACAGUCUAAACUUGCCAAUAUGUCAAACAAUUUCAAAAAUCUCUUAGAGAUCCGUUCCGAAAAAAUGCGAGAAGAGCAAAGUAGAAGAGAACAAUUUUCACAUGGACAUAUAUCAACUAUGAUGCCUCCUAGUGCAGUAGCAGGGCAACAAGGUUCUUUACUACUACAGGAACAAGAUUCUGGUGCUUCCGUUAGUAUAGACCUUGAACCUGCAAUGGGUCAAUUAAGUUUACAAAGAGCAGUUUAUGAUGACACUGACUCUUACAUUCAAGCUCGUGCUGAAACAAUGCAAAACAUAGAAUCUACUAUUGUGGAGCUAGGUGGAAUUUUCCAGCAAUUGGCACAUAUGAUAAAAGAACAAGAGGAAAUGGUCGAGAGAAUUGACUCUAAUGUUGAAGUUACAGAAUUGAAUGUGGCAGCCGGACACACAGAAAUUUUGAAAUAUUUUCGAUCUGUUAGUAGAAAUCGAGGGCUAAUGAUAAAAAUAUUUGCAUUUCUAAUAUUUUUUUUGGUCUUUUUUGUCGUUUUCUUAGCGUAAAAAUAAGAAAACGUUUGGGUGUGUGCAAACUAAAUGGUAAAUGCUUUUUUGCCUACAUAAAGUUUUUAUAAGCAUACAGAAUUACAUCGAAACAUAAAUAAAUUUUUGCACAUUAUCAUCUUCGGGGCAAUCGAGCUAGUUUUAAUUAUAAAAUAUUAUGUAACUAUGAAAAUAUUAUAAAGAAUGUUUCAAAUCGUGCGUAAAAUGUCAACCAUCUCGAAUUCGAAGGUAACAAACUUGUAAACUUCGAAGUGUUUUUUUUAACUUUACGAGAUGUAAAUACGAUUUUUCGUGAUUUCUCGAACAUUGAAGGACAAUAUAUUUACUUUAAAAACGCAAAUCUUUAAGCUGGAGUAACACGAAAAAUAAAGUUAUGCUAAUGGCAUUCCUUAGACUUUUUAAUAAGAAAUACUUAUUUGUAUAAUAUAAAUAUUGUAAAAAAAACAAAAAUAUAUUAAACGUGUAAUUUCCAGUAUGUUGUUAUGCGAGAAAAAGAAAAAACAUGUUAAUAAUAAAUUACAAUUUUAUUUAAA